AUGGUUUCGGCACACGUAGAAACACCACCUACGGACACAACUGAUUUACCAGAUUACCUUCUGGACCCUAAUGCAGUAAUGAAGGAUGUUGAUGCCAAAUGGCGAUACAAUCAGCCGCCGGACUAUACAAAUACAAGAAGAGUCUGGGCACAGACCAAAACACAAAGUCACACGGCUGCGUCUCUACCCUCUCUUGUCGAAAACCUCGUCAAGAACUGGGAAGUAGAAGCCUCUUUCAAAACUGACAUUUCUGACUGGCGCACCAUCGAUCAUCCCAAUUUCACAUUCUCUAUCAAUGGCUCUGCACCCGUUACAGGUGAAUACAUGUUAGAAGUAGGCACUUAUAAUGCUAUCCUCACAUCAAACGAAUACUAUUCUCCGGAAAAAUCAGAUUUUUCGAGCAGUCACAAGACAUUUAAAAGGAUGAUGCCAACCUUCGCGUGGGAGGUGUUAGAGGUAUAUAGUGGGCCACCAACCGUUAGUUUCAAAUGGAGACAUUGGGGUGUUAUGAAGAAUGAUUAUGUUGGAGUAAAUGACAAAGGCGAAAAGGUAACCAUUCCCUCGCAUGGCGGAACGAUCGACAUUCAAGGCGUCGCAAUAGCGAAAGUCGACUCAGCAGUACGUCUUCAAGCUGUAGAGAUAUUCUACGAUCCCCUCGAGAUGUUCCGACAGAUAGCGAACAAAAGCGAUGUCAAGAAAUCUGAGUUGCCUAAAGGGAGCAAAGCCGAUCUAACAACGUUGUUACAUGGGGAAGGAUAUGCGGCUGAACAGGCAGAGGCUGCGAUGGUCUCUACAGGUUGCCCAUUUAUGCCUGGGGAGAACAGGGAAUAA